AUGGCUCCGAGACUGAACGUCCUUGCUUCUACCGCACUCACUCGGGACAACGACAUGGGAGGAUUACAACCGGCUCUGCCCUCCGAUACCCUCCCUUCUAUCGACCCCACGACUACCAGCCCAUCCUGCCCAUCGCAGUCACCCGAGCUAUGCAUGUCCAUCGUGUUCCCCCUAGUCGUCAGCCCCGUGACCCCACCCCCCGACGCCGUCCUCAUUUCCCGCGACGAUGUCCACUUCUUUGUCAAGGGCAUCCGCCUCUUCCCCGCCUUCCGCAACCUCCUCCCCGCGCACGGCCCCCUCGUCGCGGGCCUGCCGUCUGUGUGCGGCCUGUCCGUUGCGGGCCUUCCUUCUGCCCGCGCGCCCGAUACGGCGGAGACGCUCAACAUUGUGCUGCACGCUGCGCUGGGGCGCGAGUUGGUGGGGUUUGCUGCUCCGUCUGGGAGCGCGACUGGGCCGUCUGCCAGUGAUUCCGCGCCGUCCGUGAGCGCCAUUGGAGCCGCCGUGGACAGGUUCAACGCCUACGGGCUCGACGCGAGCGUGCUGCUCGCGCCCGGCCGGCCGUUGCAUAGACUGCUAGCUACACACAUCCCCACCGCGCCACUGGCGGUGUACGUCGUCGCUGCACGGGCGGAUGCGGGCGCGUUGGCCGCCGCGGCCUCAGCGCAUCUGCUGGGGGAGCCGGCGCACAAGAUCUCGGACGAGCUGGCGGAGGCGAUGGGCGCGGUGUACCUGAAGCGGCUGUUCAUGCUGCAUUGGAGGCGGGUGGAGGCGCUGAAGGAGAUUCUGGGUAGGGCGCCGGGGAUGCAUGCACUGAAUGGGUUCGGGGAGAGGUGCGAGGAUCAGGGUGUUUUGGCGAAGAGGUGGGAGGAUGUGACGGUUGAGAUCGAUGUGAAUGCGAAGCCUGAUACGCCCGCGGGCCAUAUCGAGGCCGAACUUUUGUCAAUAUCCUCGCAUCUCUCAUGCAAACAUUGCAAAGCCUCACUCCGAGAGCGUAUCGAGGAAUGCGUUGUUGACUGGGCUGCAGUCGGUAGAACGAUCUAG